AUACUAUAGUACAGUACAAGCUAGAAUCUUGCUUUAGUUCUGAAAUAAAUCUUGAGUGAGUCGCACUAAACAGUCAGCAGUUAUUCAUAUGGAAACGUGAUAACCACAGAGUACAGACAGACCAGAAACAGGGCUGAGAUAUCCACAAACAAGAACCGAAAAAUGCACCUAGAAACAAUAUCAAUCAGAAACCCCUCCGCCAUUGGCCGAUUUCCAUCUGGCACUCUUGUGUUGGAUGAACCGAAGAAGGCGGAGCCAGAGAAGAAGAAGUGGACUUGCAGCGGCUGGAUGCGCCAGUGCUGCCUCCGCUGCUGCUGCCGUAAAAAACCUAAUGAUGUCACAGAACCUGUUAUUAUAAAACCCCCUCCUGAUGGACCUAAAGAAAACAACGAGACGAAAGGUUUAUUGGAGGUACGUUCAAUAGACCUUCUUAAAUCUAAGACCGAACAGAACCGGUUGGAACAUCACACAGAUCGCUAUAACAGUGAACACCUCAUCAUCCGCAGGGGCCAAACUUUUCAGAUGAUGAUUGAGCUCUCACGACCUUUCAACCCAAAUACAGAUAAACUUCACUUAGAGCUGAGACUAGGUAAUAUCCCAGAUGUAUCAAAAGGCACACUUGUGAUUGUGUAUUUGGUUGAGAGUCUGAGUAAUAACUGCUGGGAGGCCAAAAUCGUUGAAGAAAAAGACAGAAAUAUCAAAUUGUCUGUCAUGUCCAUGCCAACGGCUGCUAUUGGCCAAUACAAGCUCAGUGUUAUAACACAGAGCUUGACAGGCGAGGCUAAGUCAUCUUAUUCUUCUGACAGUGACAUCUACAUGCUGUUCAAUCCCUGGUGUGAAGAUGACUCUGUGUACAUGGAUGAUGAGGAAGAGAAGAAAGAGUAUGUUUUAAAUGACACGGGUCUAAUCUAUUAUGGAACUGAGAACCAGAUUGGAGACAGACCGUGGAAUUUUGGACAGUUUGAUAAGGAUGUUCUGUCGGCGUGUUUAUUUUUGCUGGAGAGAAGUUGUGCUCGUGCAUCAGGUUGGGGAGAUCCUGUCAGUGUGGUCAGACUCAUCUCUGCAAUGAUUAACUCACCCGAUGACAAUGGUGUGUUAGAAGGUAAUUGGUCCGGUAAGUAUGAUGAUGGGACGUCACCUACAGUCUGGACCGGUAGCAGUGAUAUCCUGAGACAGUACUAUGAAAACGGAGGAACGCCUGUGAAAUAUGGACAGUGCUGGGUCUUUUCUGGAGUCACCACCACAGUGCUGAGGUGUAUAGGAAUUCCUGCCCGUUGUGUAACAAACUUCAACUCGGCUCAUGACACCGAUGUUUCCUUGACCACAGAUGUUUAUUUAGAUGAGAACUAUGAGCUAAUUGAGGAUUUUAAUCAGGAUUCAGUCUGGAACUUUCAUGUAUGGAACGACUGUUGGAUGGCUCGUCCGGAUCUACCUGCAGGUAUGGGUGGAUGGCAAGCGGUGGAUGCCACUCCUCAAGAGACCAGUCAGGGUGUAUUUCGCUGCGGCCCCGCACCUAUCACAGCUGUACGAAAUGGACAAGUUUUCCUCAAGCAUGACACAGCGUUUGUUUUUGCAGAGGUAAACAGUGAUAAAGUCUUCUGGCAGAGGGAAGCUGAUGGGAUGUUUAGUCAGGUUCAGGUUAUGAAGAAUGCGGUAGGUCACUAUAUCAGCACUAAAGCUGUCGGCUCUGAUGACCGUGAUGACAUCACACACCUCUACAAAUAUCCAGAAGGUUCAGAGGAAGAACGUAUUGCUGUGGAAACAGCUUGUAAAUAUGGCACCAAAGCAGCGGUCUACUGUCCAUCUGGGACUGAGGACGUCACCAUUCAGAUCACAAUGGAUGAGGAAGAACCUCAGCUGGGUACAGAUGCUAAACUGUCCAUCACCAUAAGAAACACAAGCUCAGAACAGCGCAGUGUCACUCUCUUCAGUCAGGUGUCAGUAGUGUACUAUACUGGAGUACAUAAAGCGACAGUGAAGAAAGACCAGAUACCUGUCGAUCUUCAACCAAAUGAAGUUGAGAGUGUGGAGUGGACUUUACUGUAUGAUGAUUAUAAAAACCAGCUGGUGGAUCAGGCAAUUCUGAUGCUCACUCUCACUGGACGGGUCACUGAGACUAAACAGGUUUUGGCAACCCAGUUCAGUUUCAGACUUCGCACACCAGACAUCCUGAUAACUCCUGUAGGUGAAGCUGUAGUUAGCAGAGAGUUCAUUGCUAAGAUUAUUUUCCAGAACCCACUGCCCUGUACACUGAAGAACGUGAAGUUUCACAUUGAAGGACUGGGACUGCAGGGCGUCAGAGAGAUUUCAUAUGGUAAUAUAGAAAGCUUAGCCAUGGUGACUCUGACAGAGAAGUUUAUACCUACAGAGUCUGGGCCACAGAAACUUCUCGCUUCACUUGACUGUCGACAGCUGACUCAGGUGCAUGGAGUCGCCAACAUUGACGUCAAAGCAAUGUGAAAUAUUUU